ACACCAAUUAGGGUUAAUUCUCUUUAUUAUCUGUUCAUCGUUAUUGUUGUUGCCUUGGGCACGCUAGGUUUAAUUUCCCAGGGGAACAAGAACAUCAACAAUGGCGGUGGUGGGCGGCGUUUCUUGCGGUGGAAACGUUUAUCUUCAGCGCCAAGAGCCCUCACAUCUCCUCAACUCCCAUAACCCAAACGUGCAUCCAAGUUCUUUCAUGGUUUCAGAUCCAAAAUCGUUGAAAUCAAGACCGUCGACCAAGAUCUCCGCAUCCAAGGUAAGUCUUCAACCAUUGCCUAAACAACAAGAGAAGAAACGGAACGAAUUGAUCUACCAUAAGAUCGACGAGUGGAUGAGAGAUUCGGUCGUCGAUAUCGUCAAGAACUUGCAGGAAUCGCCUCUAUUGGUCCACGUGUACUCCGACGACGAUAACACGACGAGAAUCCGAACGGAAAAGGCCGAUGAAAGCAACUGGGUUUCGGUGAAACAAAAAUGGGAUAAAGGCGAGACUCCAAUGCCUGAUGGGGUGAUCUUUGUUGAGCAAAUACAGGAAGAAGAAGAUGAUGAUGAUGAUGAUGAACAGAGCGAUGCGUGUUGCAGGGCAUGGGGGAUUGUGGUACAAGGCCAAGGGCGUGGGCUUGCACCGGCUUGCUAUUUGUUGAAGACUUGUAAAGUGAGUUCGGGGGUAGGGUUAAAGUGCACCCAUUUUUGUUUGGUGAAGGUUCGGAGUUUCAGGGAAACUGCUUUAUCUCAGCUCAAGAAUUGUUGGCUGUUGCAGGGGAAUUCAACCUAAAUGGACAGAUUUGAUUCUUUUUUUUCCUUAUAAUUUUUCUUGUUAAUAAGGUACUAUCGGUAGCAAUUUGUAGGGCCUUCGAAUGUGUAAGUCGGGUCCUCCUGAAUCUUGAUUAAUCACAGAAUCAGAGAAAUCAAGAAUUCAGAAAUUAGACUAGUUGAUUCUUAACCAUUAUUGCAUGUUUGGAUCACAAGAAAGUUACAAGUAAUGAAUUUUAUUUUGAAUUUGAUCCUGCAA